AUGACGGUCGAAGCCGGAGUCAUCACAAGCAGCAAGCAAGCCUUCAACUUGCUCAAUUUCUCCACUUGUUUUCUCCUCGCCCUAGGCUCGUUAGUCUAUGGGUAUUUUGCGGGUAUCAUCGGGACUACCCUUACAAAGGCCUCAUUCCUAUCAUAUAUGGGCCUCAUCGAUGCUGACGGUAACCAAACAAGGAAUGCUCCUGGACUGAUAGGGGCAACGACUGGCGUGUUCCAGGCUGGCGGUGUCUUCGGUAUCAUCAUCAGUGGUUAUUUGGCGGAUAAGAUUGGACGCAAGCGGACAUCGAUUUACAUUGGCAUCGUCGGCAUCAUCAGCUCAGCCAUCAUAUCCGCAUCUCAGAAUGUGGGCAUGUUCAUCGCUCUUCGCUUCUUUACGGGGGCGACCGGCUUCGCUUUCAUGACCGUCAUGAUCGUCUACUGCGCCGAGCUUGCCCCAGCGGCUCUUCGAGGGUUGUAUGUUGGCCUGAAUGGAGCUUUGUGCGCAUUGGGAUUCGCCAUCUCAUCUUACUUUGGUGUUGCAUUCUACAAUGUCUCGGACGAGGUCCAGUGGCGCGUUCCUAUCGCUCUCGGCACGGUAUUCCCAGUGGUGCUCACAUUCGGCUACCUCUUUGUUCCCGAGUCGCCUCGACACCUCCUCAUGGAAGGCAAGAAAGAUGCUUCACUGAAAAUUAUGUUGAGGCAGCACGGCCGGGGGAAACAGGAGGACUUUGCCCGAGCAGAAUUCUUCCAGAUGGAGAAGCAGGCAGAGCUCGACAUGAACAGCGACGCGUCUUGGAAGCAGUUCUACACCAAGCCCUCGGUUCGUCGGCGGGUGGUCAUUGCUAUCGGUCUAGCAUUUCUGUCUCAGAGCACAGGGAACUUGGUCAUAAACAACUAUGGGUCAACUCUUUGGAGCAAUCUCGGCUAUGAUGCGUAUACUCAACUGUGUUUCCAGGCUGGAUACAUCACGGUCUCGCCCGUUUUCAACGUCGUCGGAUCAGCGCUCGCCGACCACUUUGGCCGUCGAACUUUGCUGUUCGUCGGCCUCAGCAUGUGCCUGAUGUGUGUCACUGUUGAGACGACCAUGAUUGCUCUCUACGGUGCAGCAGGCACGAACAGAGCCGGCCUGGCGACCGGUGCGGCAAUGCUGUUUCUGUUCCAGGCCAGUUAUGCUGUCUGCGGCGAUGUGUGUGUCUUUAUCAUUGUCAGCGAAAUCUUCCCGAACCAUCUGCGGGCAAAAGGCAGCACGGUCGCCUAUACGGCCAACGCCUUGACGAACUUGGUUUAUCUGCAGGUGGCGCCGACAGCCUUUACACACAUUCACUGGCGAUUCUUCCUGCUGUUCAUCGCAGUUACCGCUUGCGGUCUGGUGUGGGUCUACUUCUUCGUGCCCGAAACGAAAGGCAUUGCGCUAGAGGAGCUGGCCGAGAUCUUCGGGGAUGCGGUCGCGGUUCACGCGGCAGACAUCACGGUCGACCACGACGCUCACGAGGUACAUCUUGAUGUGCACAGCCAGGACGAGGCUGAGUCCUCGUAUAUCGUGGAAGCGAGCGCAUUCAAGGAUAAGGCCGUGCACAUGGAGAAGUCCCGCGCUUAG